AUGGCGACUUCCACACCUCGGAAGACAUGUGUCUUAUCGGACACUUGUAUCCUCUGCGGAUUUUCGUUUAUACAGAUUGAAAGAAAGGAAAAUGGUGAGGAAAAAGUUCACAAGUUUUUCGAGACGAAGCUAAGACUAAACACCGAAAGAAAAGAUAGCAUAAAACAACUAACAGGCCUGACAGACAUUGCAGAUGUCACGACAAAUGCAGGUGUGUGUAAAAAGUGUUAUCGAUCAGUUGAAUCUAUAAUGAAAACCGAAUCCAAAAAUGAGCAAAUAAAACAGAGGUUUCGCGAGGUGGCACAGAGAACAAUACAAACACUCACGUUACAGCUGCUUUCCCCUCGGAGAAAGUCCAUAACUAAACGGAUGCUUAGGAGCCCAGCCUUGCCAUCUUCAAAAAUACAGACUUUCGACGUAUCCUACCGCAAGCUCGUGCAAAUAUCACCAUUCUCAGAUUUGACAAAUAGAACAGAUUUGCAUAAAACAGAGCUGCCUCUUACAUAUCAACCACCUAGUUGUAGUUCAUUUACUGGUAUCCCUAUUGCACCAAAGGAGAAACAAGAUAUUACAUGUAGUACGUCUAGUAUGAAAAUACAAGGAUCUAAGCGAUCUCUAGAUUUUGGGAUUUCAAAUAAAGAACUCGAUGACAUUCAUACAACAUCAUUAGAUGGGUCAAUUGAGCUCAGCAUAUACUAUCCAAGUGGUCGAAAAAGUCGUUUCAUAAUUGAUGAGAAUGAGAAAAAGAUCUGCAAGAUUGUUUUUAGAGGAAAAGAAGUGGAUCGAGGACUGAAAGACUUUUUAAAGACUACUAACCCCAACAUAUUAGUUGAGGGGUCAUUAUCAGUUUUAGGUGAUGAAUGCAAAAAUCUGUGCAAGAGAAAUUCUGGUAGUGUUCUUCAAGAUAAAUCAAGCAGCAAUGUUUUAGAAUUUACAUGGGACAGUAUGAAAAUAAGAGCACCAAAUGUCUUAAAGACAGUAUCAGCGAUGGAAUCAGAUGUCCCGUUACAAGACAUUGAGAGAAUUGCUAAAUUUGGAGCAAGUGUUCAUCCAGAAACACUUAAAAGAAAGCUGAAUUCUUGGGAUGCAAUUUUAGAUGAGGAAUUACUCAAGUACAAAGAAGAAUGGAGUCGAGACAAAACAUUGUCCUUGCACUUGUUUCAGGUCAUUGGAGUCCUUGACAGAGUGAAUUGUGUGGUGGACACAGACUCACAGCUCAUUGAUAUUUCAGACCUGAAUCCUGUGAAUUUCAUACCCUCCAGUGAGGAUCAGGAUAUUCUUUUCCAUGAGCUUACUUUCCUUGUUGUAAGUUCAGUCAUUGCUAAUAUUUACCAGAUGAAUGACAGUUUUGUAUCAAUUUACCCUAAGCAUUUGCAACACAAAUACAGCAAUUACUCAGGAAUAAAAACAGAACAGUAUCCUUUGGGACUAUUUGAUUGCAAGGAAAUGGUCACUCAGGAUGUUAUCAGACUACUAAAAGAGCUAUCAAAGAAGUAUGUACCCACAGAUGAUGCAGGAGAAAUUGUGGAAGAAAUGAACCCAGUAUGA